GUCCUGCCCAAGGGCUAAUUACAAAACCGCGUCUAGAAAUAAAGGAGCGCUCCGAACGUUGGCUUCCCUGCUUUGACCUACACACCCCCAAAUCCACACCAAUUUCUCUCCAAAAUGACAGAGAAAUCGAGAAGAACCAACUUCUAAUUCUCCUUUCCUCACAAAGAAAUGACGGAAAAGGGUGCAAUCACAGAAAACGAAUGAGGUGCAAACGCCAUCCGUUCGAACAGGGCGUAGGCGUCUGCGCUGCCUGUCUCAGGGAGCGCCUUUUAGCUCUCAUCGAAGCCCAGUCCAAAGAAAAUCGCCGGAAAUCUGACCCACAGCCACCGCCUCCGCCUCCCCUUGCCUUCCCACGCUCCGUCUCCCCCUACAUCUGCCGCCGCUCCGACACGUGGCAGCACCACAACCAACAUCAGUUCUACAGCACCCCGCAGGUCGGCCCCACCUUCUCGUCCAGCACAAAGAAGAAGAGCCGCUUCUCCGUGUUCUCCUCUCUCUUCGGCGCUUCCAGAUCUGAGGAAACCGAGAGAGAUAAUACAGUCCCGAUCUCAUCCACGUCAUCCUCAUGGUUCUCCGCCUUCCGCAAGAAGAAAUCGCGGCUCUUCUCCCUCGACGAUGAGAUCUCCGGCAACGGCGCGCGGAGAUCGUGCCGGACGAGAGAUAGGGGGAUGUCGCCCAAGGAAGGCGACGAAACGCCGAUCCAGAGCGGGUUCUCGGUGGGAUCCUCGCCCGGGUGGAGGAAAUCAGCACCUGUAACGGCCGUAUCGGCGGCACCGAGGAGGUCGCAGCACGGACGUAAUGUAUCGGGUUUCGCUUUCUGCCUCAGCCCGUUGGUGAGGCCGAGUCCGAGUCGGCACCGAUCCGACACGGGCUUUUCGGACGAGUUGCGGAGCGCGAAUCGGCACCAUUUGUCUACGGCCGCCUCGCUUUGCGCAAACAGGUCGAGAAAGCUUGCGGAUAUCGGAAGAGCCAGCCUGGCCAGGACCACCUCAAGCCAAUGCUAGGGUAGACCUUACCAGACCAAUCAGGUCUCGGGUCGUGACAAAGCCAAAGCCUAGAUAACUCGGGCGAGGGUAGGCCCAAUCCCAACCAGUUCGUUUGCUUGUAAUUAGUGCUUCUGGAUCAUCCAACAGAAUUACCCCAUCGUAAAAAUGGGAUGAACCAAAAAAAAAAAAAUCAUGCUGACCAACGUAUUUGGAAGUUUGUAGAUUGUAAUUCAUUGUUUUCCAUGGUGUGGCCCAGUCGUAUUGCUCAUAUGCCAUUCAAGGCGUGCAUUAUAUGAGCUGCACUAUAAUCAUCAUGGGACACACCAUUAAAAAAAAAAAAAAAAAAAGAAAAAAAAAAAGAAGAA